UAAUGGAAGACCUCAAAAAACAAUACAGCAAGAUAAAUAAUGAACUAAGAGAACAAAUCAUUCAUUAGAUCUUAAAUGAAAAGAAAUCAAUAGCAGAUGUAAUUCUACUUUCUCUAUCAUAAUAGGUUGCCUAAGAACAUAAUAUAUUACAAUCUACUUGUAAGUCCAUCAUUAAUACAUAUAUGAGAGAAGGAAGAGUAGGUAAAAAGGAGAGUAGAGUAAGAAAACUUAAAAAAAUAAUCCGUAUAUAUGAUAUUGUUUUAAACCCUGUUCAACCCUAAAUGUCAACUUAUCUUUAUUGUCAAAAAACAGAAAACUGUAUUGAGAAAUCAAUUAAAAGUCAGAAAGAGGAGAAUGAAUAACAAGAAAUUUAAGAAAAUGAGAAUAAUAAUAAUUUUAUGAUGCUUUCUUUUUGGUGUGAAUAAAUCAAGAAUUAACUAACAUCUUUUGCAUAAUCAAAUUAUGCUUUUCAAACAUUCACUUAACCUUAUUAGAAAUGA